UGUCUUGUUUCCUUGUGAAAGAGGUACAAAAUGGCUUACAGCGUGACUCUGAAUGGACCUGGACCGUGGGGUUUCCGACUGCAAGGGGGCAAGGACUUCAACAUGCCCUUGACCAUCUCCAGAAUCACCCCUGGCAGCAAGGCAGCACAGUCACAGAUGAACCAAGGAGACCUUGUGGUAGCCAUUGAUGGAGUCAACACUGACAGCAUGACCCACUUAGAGGCCCAGAACAAGAUCAAGUCCGCCAGCCACAACUUGAGCCUCACUCUUCAGAAAUCUAAACGUCCAGUGCCAGUUUCAACCACAGCACCCAGAAUUGACUCUCCCAGGGCUGUAAUUCCCCACCAGAAGGAACCUGCUUGGGAAAUCAAUGGCAACAGAACAACCUUCAGUCCUCUAACUAACACAGCGACUGGGCCCAUGGGUAGUAUUUUAGCAGCCAAUGGAACGUUUUCAGGCUACCUCAACAAGCAAGAGAUCAGCUUUUCAAAUAGCACUUCCUACUUAAAGACUACCACAGUUAGAUCUUCCAUGUCCUCUCAGUCUGUGACUCCUGAUAUUUCGCCUGCAAAGAGUAAUCUAGGUUCAAAACUAAGCCCUGUAUUGACUGAUGGCAAUAGUCCUUUACACCAGCUGAGCCCUGCAAGGCAGUAUAACAACCCUAUUGGCCUUUACUCAGCAGAGACUCUAAGGGAAAUGGCUGAGAUGCAUAAAUUAAGUCUCAACCGAAGGGCUUCGGAAGGUGGACUUCCUAGAGGUACCCUUCCUAUUAAAGAUCGUCACGUAGACAGUGCCUCUCCGGUGUAUCAGGCUGUGCUUAAAACUCAAAACAAGCCUGAAGAUGAAACCGAAGACUGGAGUCGCCGUUCUGCCAAUCUGCAGUCUAGGUCUUUCCGCAUCCUGGCCCAGAUGACUGGAACGGAGUACAUGCAAGAUCCAGAUGAAGAAGCCCUGAGGAGGUCAAGGGAAAGGUUUGAAACGGAACGUAACAGCCCACGCUUUGCCAAAUUGCGCAACUGGCAUCAUGGCCUAUCGGCGCAAAUCCUUAAUGUUAAAAGUUAAAAGCUCACAUUUAACAGGCAAAUACACAAGACAGAGAAUUACAGUAAAAAACUAACUGCUGUCCUGAGUUAGAGCCUAAAAAUGUCACACACCCAGGAAAGACUUACUGCUAGGGCCUGUCUUCGGUAGAUUUCUGUUGUUAGCCUGGUAUCCAUUCACUAUCACCAAAAGUAAAAAUAAUGAUACAACCUGGUUCAUGUUCUUCAUUAUAAAGUAGAUUAGCUUUUGUCCUUUACUAUAUCAAGUGUAACUUCAGUAUACAGGAAAACAUCACUGUUGUACUCUCUUGACUUUAAUUCUAGAAGAAAAUGAGAGGGAAGUUAUUGACAGUAUUACUUUAGCAGGAAGAGGAAUGAGACUUUUACUGAUUUCUACUGCUCUAAAGAUAAUUGAGGAGAAAGAGAGAUGAAAAGGAAAGCUUGACCGAGCCUGGUCUAGACUUUGCUAAAUGUACAACCUGCUUAGUUUGCAUAGUUGAAUGAUGCUGUUUGAAGUAAGAUAUUAGCAAUGUGAAGUUAUAUUUCUUCAAUAUAUUACACUGGUAGAAGUCAUUUGCUGAAACAAUUGCUGUACGUUUUCUGUUGGAAGCCUGACUUUGUCACUAUAUGAAAGCUAGAGAUGGCUGUGGUUGCUCAGGAUCUGUGAGGAAAUGACAGUUUGCUAGGGGUGAUUUAGGAAUGAGAAGAAUAUACAGUACUACUGGUGCACUGAAGUUUUUAAAAGUAUCUUGUAAGUUUUAAGGAAUAUGUUGCCCAUUCUGUAAUCCUCUUGCUUUGACCCACAUUUUUUCUGUAUAUAGCAGCAUGCUUUAUCUGAAAUAAAAGGAUUUAAAAC